AACCUAAAAUGUUUUUUACCCUACGUGUCAGAAGACGAUCUUACUUCUAUCGAAGUCGAAUAAUCCUAAUCAUCUUUUUGGUAAUUUUAGAGAUCUUUGGGAUUAUCUAUUUUGUACAAUCGUACCAAAGCUGUUGUAUGAAGCAGCUUAACUAACUUUUAAUCCUCUCAUUUAUAUGUCCGAUUGGGACCCAAAUUCCAGACGACCUUUUAGCGAAGGUCGACGCAGCUAUCGGCACAAUGAUUAUAACAAUGCAGGUUAUAAUCCCUACGGACACCAAAACGGAAUUUACAAUGUUGCACAAUAUAAUCCAAGUUUUCUACAAUCGACUGAAUAUUACAACCGACCAACUGCUACCAAUAUGAGUAGGUUUCAAGAGCCGACAAUGGCAAGUCAUAGCGGACUGGUUAACAAUGUGUCUCUGGACGGAAAUCAACCACAUUCAUCUGUAGCACUUCGUUCAAACCUAACACCUUACGCUAAAGAAUUUACACCGAGUCGUGCUCACAGUAAUGGUGACAGUUACGGCGAUAAGAAACAAGGAGCUGUAAAAAAGCGCACCUUCUGGAAUAGGGACAGGCGUUUCGAUGGAUCGAAGCAGAAUCACCAAAACUUCCAACAUAAUAACGAAAACUCGCCACACAAUUACGAAAACUCGAGACGUAGCAAUGAAUACAAUAAUCGAAGUCGUACCUUCGAAGAGCCUCGUCAGUGUACGGAUUACGGUUACAAUUCACGAAACGGCAAGUCGGGUGGGUAUUACAGGAAUAAUAAUGGCAACAACAACAGGAAUUCGUAUCGCCGCGAUUACUACGAUAAUAGAAGAGAUGACUAUUAUAAGAAACCUGCACGAGAAGUACCAGAGAAGUAUGAAAAAAGGCAUAGCAAUAAAGUGGAUACUUUUAAAAAGAAACCGAAUGAAAAUUAUGAGAAGAAAGGGAAACAGCAGGACCACUUGAAGAAAAAAUUGGAUGCUGCAUCGCAAAGAGAACGCCUGGAACAUUUAAUACUCUGUCGUCUUUUGGAAUGCUUGGUCUGUUGUGAGAAACUGCGUCAUAACGAUCAAAUUUGGUCCUGCGGACAGUGCUACCACAUUUUACAUUUAAACUGCACAAUAAAGUGGGCUCAAUCAUCCAAGAUGGAGUCUGGUUGGAGGUGUCCGGCGUGUCAAAAGGUUUAUCAGGAAGAGCCUUUCGAAUAUAGAUGUUAUUGCGAGAAGCAAGUUCACCCCUCCUUGGAUCCUAGUGGCAUUCCUCACAGUUGUGGUUCGAUCUGCGGGCGUAAAGGGCGCGCCUGCUCGCACACCUGUACUUUGAUCUGUCAUCCCGGUCCUUGUCCUGAUUGUUCGGUGAUGGUGCCGAAGACGUGCGCCUGCUCAGCUACCCAGCUUAUUGUCAAAUGUGGUAGCAACGUUCCUGUCAAGUGCGAGAAUAUGUGCAACAAGUUUCUGGAGUGUGGUAUUCAUCGAUGCGUUAGCAAAUGUCACGAGGGCGAUUGUAACACGUGCGGCAACGUCUUACGUCAGGAAUGCUAUUGCGGUAAAGAAGGCCGAAAGGUUAACUGCACUAACGAGGCCGGCGGAGAACUGCAAUACGAGUGUGGGGAAACCUGCGAAAAAUUACUGACGUGCGGGAAUCACAAGUGCGAACGCAAAUGUCACAACGGAUCGUGUGAUGUCUGCCCCAAAUCUCCAAGUCUGAUAACCACCUGUCCGUGUGGACAAACAAAUUUGGUGAAGAAAAGGAAAUCGUGCCUUGAUCCAAUUCCUUGCUGUGAUAAGAUAUGCUCAAAACCGUUAACCUGCGGACAACCCAGUGAACCUCACAGGUGCGAGGCGGUAUGCCACCAAGGACCAUGCGCGCCUUGCCCUAAAAGCACGAUCGUGCGUUGCCGUUGUGGUCAGAUGGAUAAGAAAAUUCUGUGUGUGGAUCUAACCUCUAAGGCUGAUGAUGCUCGAUGCUCAAAGAAAUGUCAAAAGAGACGACAGUGCGGAAAACACAGAUGUAACCAACAAUGCUGCAUUGAAUUUGAGCACAUUUGUCCGCUACCAUGUAAUCGUCUGUUGUCUUGUGGCCAACACAACUGUGCGGAGCCAUGUCAUAUUGGACGCUGUCCACCUUGCUGGCGUACAAGUUUUGACGAGUUGUAUUGCGAGUGUGGCGCUAGUGUACUAUUUCCUCCAGUGGCGUGCGGAACACGACCUCCACCGUGUCACCAAGUGUGUUCACGUCCCAGAUCUUGCGAGCACGAGGCUCAUCACACUUGCCACCCGGGACCUUGCCCCCCGUGUGUUGUAUUAACGACACGUUGGUGUUACGGCAAGCACGAACAGAGAUCAACAAUUCCAUGUCACCAAAAAGACUUCUCGUGCGGAUUACCUUGUGGGAAGGAUAUGCGUUGCGGAAAGCACAAGUGCAUACAAACGUGUCACAAGCGCGCUUGCCCUCAGGAAUGUAAUCAGGCUUGUGCUGAACCGCGCAAUUUAUGUGGUCAUCCCUGCAACGCACCUUGUCAUCAACCACCUUGUCCGGAAGCUCCCUGUAAGCAACAGGUGCAAGUUACCUGCCCGUGUGGUUUACGUAAAAGCACCCGUAUCUGCAUGGACCUUUCGGCAGAAUACCAGAACAUGGCAAUGUCUCAACUGGCAUCAAAAAUUGAACAAAUUCAAAUGGGCAACACAGUUGAUGUCACCGAUCUGGCCAACAGCCAAAAAAGAACUUCUUUCAAAUUGUUGGAUUGCAACGAGGACUGUCGUUUGGUGGAACGAAAUCGUCGAUUGGCAAUCGGUUUGCAAAUACGCAACCCAGACCUAAGUGCCAAACUAAUGCCUCGUUACUCGGAUUACAUGCGGGGCUGGGCGAAGAAGGACACGAAAUUUUGCCAGUAUGUGCACGAGAAACUCACCGAACUGGUACAACUGGCCAAGCAGAGCAAACAGAAGAGUAGGGCGCACUCAUUCGAAACGAUGAAUCGUGAGAAGCGCCACUUUGUGCACGAGUAUUGCGAACAUUUCGGCUGCGAUAGCGCCGCUUAUGAUCCUGAACCGAAUCGCAAUGUGGUCGCGACUGCGUACAAAGAUAAGUCUUGGCUUCCGAGUUAUAGCUUGCUAGAAGUGAUCCAAAGAGAAAAUGGGCAAAGAAAGGUACCCGGACCGCAGCAACUAGGAAAAGUAUCCACGUCGAAAACUGAAACGGUCUCGUUUAAACUACCAGGACACGUACCGAGACCGGCAACUCCACCAGGAGAAUAUGUCGAUUAUUUUAACAAUCCUCCGAUAUAGUAUUUUAAUUAUUUUAUAUUUACCUAACCACAUUUUUCAAUAGAGUGUAUUUUAUAAUGGGCUUACAAAAUUGUAUUUGGCGCUUAUGUUUAUCAGCGAGGGAAUAAUUUUUAUCCGAAAAAUGAUCAUUAUAAUUUUUUGUUGUAAACUGUCUAGUUAAUGUUAAAAACUUCCACAUUCCUUAGGACAGAAAGAAUAGUUAUUUGUUUCGCUACUACAAUAGAGAAAUUUUAGUUUAUUUCUAUAUUCACAAUGAGAAUCAAUAAAUCAUAAUUAAUUAGA